UCUACCAGUGAGCCUCGAGAUCUAAUAUCCAACCAAGGGGCACUACCGUCGUCAUCAACCCCCAUCCUCAACUGCACAUUACUGGGGGGGUUAUUACAAAGUGAUGUCAUGGAGAAGGGUGAUGGAAAUUCAGAAAAUCCAAAGGACAUUUCCCCCACGCUGGAGCAAUGUGGGAAAACUCAGAGAAGCCCACGGUCUCCAGCCUUCAACUCAUCUCUCACAUGGGACUCAGACUCUGAAAAAGAAACCUUGGACGAGGAAGAGCUUCAGCACUUUUCUAACCCUCAUGGUCUGGCUGCUCACAGCCCUGGAAGUCCCACCUCUAGACUCACACAAGACAGACUUGACAGUGAUCCCUGCCAAGAACCUGAGGAAUCCAAGCACUUAUUUCUUGAGAAGAUCACACCAGGACCUAUGGAGAUGGAGAAUCAAGGAGCUGAUGUUUCAAACAGGGAACUAACAACUACAGACACCAGCUCACAUAAACUAAAACAAGACAAAGUGACCCAUUUGCCAGAUGUUGCACCAAAAGAGACAUGCCAAAAAGAAGAGCAGGAUGAACUGAAAGUGCAUAAUCACAGGGGCAAGGAAAAGACGAAUACCAAGGAGUCAGAUGUAUACACCUUCCCAGCUGACUCUGAGCCUGAAAGCCCACCCCCUGGGCCUUGGGCACACUGCACCUUCAUCCAAUGCAGAAGGAAAAAGAGGGCUAUACUGAGGCCUUUCUCCGGACUGGGAACCUGGCAACGCCCAACAGGUGGCGGCAGAAGGGGUAGGGGCAAACCCUCAGGAGCAAAGAAGCAUAGGAAAAACACAGAUGAUGAGGGAAGGAUGUCUGGAUUUAAAGAUGAACAGGAAGAGAAGUUAAAGGAAAGGCAAAUAGUAGACCACCAACUGGAUGGAGACCUAUGCCAAGAGAUUUUCACAUGUGUAGAAUGUAGCAUCUACUUCAAAAAACAAGCCCAUCUACGUGAACACAUGCGGGAGCAUGGCCAAGGCAGUAGACCAGCAAAGAAAUGUGGCGAACAGCUUCCUAAAAGCGGGUUUGAAUGUCUAGAUUGUGGUCAAGAGUUUGUAGAUCAGUUGCUUUUGCUAGAUCAUCACAGAUCCCACGAGGAGUCAAGGCAGAAAAUCCUAGAGGAGAUUAGAAAACUAAAUGAGGGAGAAAAGGGAGCAGCACAGCUAGCCAGUUGUAGUAAAGAAUCAGAGCCAGUUAUCAAAGAGUCAGCAGAAGUCAGUUGUAGCCAGUUUAUGUGUCUUAAGUGCAACUUCAUCUCGGAUGUGCAUCAAGAGUUUGCAGAACAUGCCAAGACACACAGAACCCGAACAAGGUCUGGCAUCUCUCGAACUUCACCUCGUAUUCAACAGAAGUCCUCCAAAAAAGGACAAGGUUCCACUGCAGAUGUUCCAUCAACUCUUUUCACUUCACCGCUGAACAAGAGAUACCCCAUCCGAACAUCCAAAAAAACGAAAGAAACACAGUCUGAUGUUGGCCCUUCACAGCCCCAGCCGAUGCCAUAG